AAUCCUGACCGUCCUUAAUAUCAACAUCAUCCAAGAACCAUACCCAUCUGGAUUCAAAAUGCCCCAGUUCAAGACAUAUGAUGGCACUAAGGACCCUGAUGACCACUUGCACCCAUUUUGCUCCAUUAUGCAAGCUCAAAAUGCCUCAGAUGCCUUGAUGUGCAAAAUAUUCCCCUCUACACUACGUGGAAAUGCUCAGACUUGGUAUUACAGUUUGCAGUCGAAGUUGAUCAGUUCGUAUGCCGAGCUGGCGGCAUCCUUUGCAACGAAGUUCUCAAGUCAUCGGCUAAUCAGAAAAACAACCUCUGAGCUUAUGCGGGUGGCCCAGAGAGAAGGUGAAUCUUUGAAGAACUACAUGAAUAGGUUCAAUGAUGCAAUACUGGGGAUCGACUUAUUUAAUCAGGUGGGAUUAGUCGCCAUAAUCCAGGGUUUUAAGCACGAGAGGUUCCGAGAUAGCCUGAUAAAGCACCCUCCCAUCACGUUUGAUGAAGCUAAUGAAAGAUCUUGGAAGUUUAUUCAAGCCGAGGAACAUGCCUUAUCCGGCAAGCCAUCACCAAACAAAGAGGAUCACGGACACACCACGAAGGAAUGUCAUAGUUUGAAGUCUAAACUUGAGGGUUUAGCCCGAAAAAGGAUGCUGAAUGACUACAUCUCCAACAAGGACCAGCUCAAGUUCAUCCGAGAGCAAGGCCGACUUCAAGGAUCUUGGGAUGCAAGCAAUAAAAUUGGAGUUGGCUAUCAGCAACCACCACCCCCUUUCCCUCCACCUUCACGCAUCAUUCACAUGAUAAUCGGUGGACUGGAAACGGGAGGGAUGAGGUCAAAACAGCAGAAGUUGUAUGUGAGAGAGAUGGUGUCAUCUUUUAACAUCAUCAUCGGAAGACCAAUUCUGACUGAGAUACAAGCUGUUGUCUCACAGUUCGACCUUUGCAUGAAAUUCCCUACCCCCAUGGGAGUAGAAACUUUGAGAGACAACCAAGAGGUAAUGGGUAUAGAACUGCCUAAUAACAUAUUUGAGGAUGAAGCCAGAGCCACCCCAGCAGAAGAAGUGGAAGAGGUACAGCUCGACGACAACGAUCCGAUUAAGAAGAUGCAGAUUGAGACCAAGCUGAGCUCGAAAGAAAGAGAAGAGCUCAUUAGCUUUUUGAAGUCGAACAAAGAUGUGUUUGCAUGGACUUUAGCUGAUAUGCCUGGAAUACUCACCUUGGUUGCAGUACAUAAAUUAAGCACUCAUCUUUUGAAGAAGCCCGUGGCACAGAAGAGAUGCCUAUUUCGAGGAGAGAGACUAAAGCAAUCAGGGUAGAAGCGCAUAAACUUUUGCAAGCAGGGUUUGUAAGAAAGGUAGACUACUUUGAAUGGAUUGCUAAUUUUAUCCUAGUUAAUAAGUUGAAUGGCAAAUGGAGAAUGUGCAUUGAUUACACAAAUUUGAAUGAGGUUUGCCCAAAGGACUGUCAUCCUUUGCCAAGUAUAGAUAAACUGGUGGAAGUUGCAUUCGGAAAUGAAAGGCUUAGUCUUUU